AUGUCCGCGCGCUUCGGCCUCCGCGCCGCCAACGCCUUCCGCCAGCCAGUCUUCCGCCAGCAGCUCAACAACAAUGCUCGAUUCGCACAACGGAGGAUGCAGUCCACCGCCGCAGAGGCUGGUGAGGCCACCAAGAAUGAGUCUGCCUUUUCCAAGCUCUGGAACUCUCCCGUUGGCCCAAAGACGGUGCAUUUCUGGGCUCCCAUCAUGAAGUGGGGUCUCGUCCUCGCUGGUGCUGCCGACUUCGCCCGUCCCGCCGACCAGCUCUCUAUCUCGCAAAACGCCGCUCUCAUGGCCACCGGCCUUAUCUGGACCAGAUGGUGCUUCGUUAUCAAGCCCCGAAACUUGUUCUUGGCCAGUGUCAACUUCCUCCUGUUCUGCGUUGGAGCUACCCAAACCACCAGAGUACUCAUGUACCAGCAAAGUUUGAAGGGCGAUUCAGUUGGUGAUGAGGUCAAGAAGGCGGCCAAGCAGGAGGGAAAGGACCUGGAGAAGGCUGCUGAGAAGGCGGAGCAGAAGGUUGUUGCGAAGUAG